UGUCACAGGGACAUCGCCCUGCACUGCACAGUUGGAUGGUGAGCAUGUCCCUGCUGAUCUGAGCUCUGCAGGCCACAGGGACCCACGUCUUCCUGAAGCAUCUCCAGGCCCGGGUGACACUGUCCAUGGCUGGUGACAUGACAACCCUGUGACGGGGAGGAUCGGCCUCCAAGUGACCAACACCCGUGCGUCUCCGUGUCCACACUGCUGGCCCCAGGAUCUCCUCCAUCUGCUCAGCUGAGGCCACAGGGAGAAGACGCCAUGACCCCCACCCUCAGGGCCCUGCUCUGCCUCGGGCUGAGUGUGGGCCUCAGGACCCCAGUGCAGGCAGGGCCCCUCCCCAAGCCCACCCUCUGGGCUGAGCCAGGCCCUGUUAUCCCCCGGGGGAGCCCCGUGACCAUCUGGUGUGAGGGGACCCCAGGCGCUGAGGAGUACCAUCUGGAGAAAGACCGAAACCCAGCACAAGGGAAAAGAGAGAAGCCAUGGGAGCCAGGGGACAAGGCCAAGUUCUCCAUCACACACAUGACAGAGUAUGAUGCCGGGAUAUAUCACUGUUACUAUCAAAGUCCCAUGGUGUCAGAGCGCAGUGACCCCCUAAAGCUGGUGGUGAUGAUGACAGGAUCCUACCGCAAACCCAGCCUCUCAGCGCUGCCCAGCUCUGUGGUGACCUCAGGAGAAAAUGUGACCCUCCAGUGUGGCUCAGGGCAGGGAUUUGACAGGUUCAUUCUGACUGAGGAAGGAGAUCACAGGCUCUCCUGGGCCCUUGACUCACAGCGAGAGCCCAGUGGGCAGAUCCAGGCCCUGUUCCCUGUGGGCCCCGUGACCCCCAGCCACAGGGGGACCUUCAGAUGCUAUGGCUGUUACAGGAACAGGCCCCAGGUGUGCUCACACCCCAGUGAUGCCCUGGAGCUCCUGGUCUCAGGAGACGUCCCCAAACCCUCCAUCUGGGCUGACCCAGGCCCCAUCGUCACCAAUGGGAGCUGUGUGACCACCUGGUGUCAGGGGUCUCUGCAGGCUAGUGCCUAUGUUCUGUAUAAAGAGGGGGGCUCUGAGCCCUUGGAUAAGAGGAUCCCACAGGACUCCAGCAACAAGGCCGGUUUCCUCAUUGAAGCCACGACCUCACACCAUGCAGGGCUGUACCAGUGUGCAUAUUACACCACUGGGAACAUACUCUCAGAGCGGAGUGACCCCCUGCUCCUGGUGGUGACAGGACUGGGCGGUGCACCCUCCCUCUCAGCCCAGCCAGGCCCUGUGGUGGCCUCAGGAGGGAACGUGUCCCUCUCCUGUAGCUCUAACCUCACAUCGGGCCCUUUCCAUCUGCUGAAGGAGGGAAGGGCUGACCCACCUGGACACAUGGAAGCAGAACCCAGGACCUAUGAUGGGAGAUGGAGGGCCAUCUUCCCUCUGGGCCCCGUGAGCCCCUCCCAUGGGGGGACCUACAGAUGCUAUGGUUCUUCCAGCUCCUACCCCGACGUGUGGUCACAGCCCAGUGCCCCUCUGCACAUCGAGAUCACAGACUCCAAACCCCAAGACUACACAGUGGAGAAUCUCAUCCGGAUGGGCGUGGCUGGCUUGGUCCUGGUGGUUCUCGGGGUGCUGCUAUUUCAGGCUCAAAAUGAAACCAGAAGGACUGGCGAUGCAGCCAGGAUGGGAACACAGAGGCAACAAUGCACCGUUCAGAGUGGGGGAGCCUUGGAGCCCAUCUGAUGACCCCAGGAGGUGCUGAAAGAGAAUAUGGACCACAGUUGGGGAAACUGUCUGCUGAGAAUGUUCAG